CGCAGCUUGACAAAGACAAUCUCGUCGAGCGACAGACGGACCAGAUCCAAGGGCUCCGACACAGACGCCGAGCCCGUUUCCUCUGCAUCAGCCAUUCUAGUCUGUCUGUUCUGCUCACAGGAAAACCAGACUGCGUUCUUUCUGUACUUUUUCCCUCUUGCAAAGAAAAGUCGGCCCGAGCUUUUGUCGGUCGGAAGCCUUUGGGCCCGCCAAGCCCAGCAGCCCGACUUCACCUCGUUGCCUCAUCCACGGUGUCCCCAUCGAGCUCCACCACAGGCCACCGACGCGUCUUAUCCGCCCCCUUUCUUAUCUGGCGACCCGCAGUGAGCUUGCAGCUCAUACGAUUCAUUCUGUUUAAAGAAUGCGGGGAUUCCUGCUGGCAGGCGAGGGUCGUCGCUCGCCCCUCGCCUGCGUCCGUCGUCGAGGCAGCAGUGAUUCUGGCUGCAGCGCCCGAGGGUGGCCGGCGACACGGCCUCUGGGGGCGUUUUUGAAGUCGCAAUAUGCUCCCUCUGUUCCCACGGGCUCACCACAGUUGAGCUCGCCGAGCGUUCUGGAAGGCGGUGGCGGCAAGGAGGAACAACAGGAGACGGAGAAGGAGAAGGAGAAUGAUGCAGGGUUGAAAGCACGAUUUUUCUACAAGAUCAUCCGUGGGGGCCAGCCGGACCAGAUCAUCCACACGCUGGCGGAUCCGCGGUAUGCAGAGCUGGUCGGGUCGCUGUCGCAGGUCGCGUUUGUAGAGGUGCUGCACUUGCUCUCGCCGACAUACUUUAUCGAUCCGUACCGGGAGAUCCAUCGGCCGCUGCACCCGACGGCGGUGCAGGUCAAGAAUUGCCGGUCGCUCGAGUCGAUCUUCGAUGAGUUUGCCACGAAGCUCGCGAACAUUGUCUUGGCGAGACGCCGGGCGGGCCAUGUGCUCGGGCUGGCCGAGUACACGCAUCUGCUGGACUGUGCGCGGUCGAUGGGCGACGCCGACAUGGCCGAGGUGGUGUGGCAGGACAUGCAGGAGGACGGGGUCUUGCCGGACAUCCGCUGCUACAAUCUACACAUGGAGGCCAAGGUGUGGGAUACGUCGUACACGGGGCGGGAAAAGUACCGGCUGCGGAUGACGCCGUAUGCGUUUCGCAAGCGGCGGGUGGUCUUUGAAGAGGCGAACGGCUGGCAGGGCUACGGCACCGCGACGCGGAGCGUGCGGCGUGACGUGAUGGGCCUGUUCAACCAGAUGACCAUGUCUGGCAACGAGCCGGACGAGACCACGUUUGCGACCGUGAUACUGGCCUCGGGGCGGGUUGGCCACGUCGCGGGCGUCAAGAGCGUGCUGCGACACGUGUGGAACAUCGACAUGGACACGCUGGCGGAGGAUAAGGGAACCACCAGCCAGCCCCCCGUGACGCCCUACGACCGCACCUCGCCGCUGCAUCCGACCGGCCGGCUCCUGUUUGCAGUGGCGCACGCGUUCGGGACGAACAACGACAUCUCCGCCGCGCUGCAGACCAUCGGGUUUAUCUCGCGGGCGUACAACAUCACCGUCCCCGACGCCGUGUGGCUGGAGCUGUUCGAGCGGGCGUGGGUGCUCUCGCGCCCGCGGUUUGGGCCCGACGCCGCCCGCAACGCCAAGGGCCAGGUCUCGAGCGAGUUCCUGACGGCCGUCUACCAGACCAUGACCGCGGACCCCUACAACGUCCGCCCGACCAUCGAGGUGUACCACGCCCUAGCCAAAACCGCAUGGGACCAGUCCCGCCUGGCAGAGUUUCAGGGGUACAUGGAUCUCGCGUACGAGGCCUUCCGGGAGACACGGCAACAGCGCAAGACCGCCCGGACGAUUCUAGAGCGGUACCUGAAUACGCUAGCAGAGAGCAGCAGCGAAGCGCUGGGCGGGUUGCGCGAGUUCGCCGACGCAGUCAACACGUAUCACCUGCUUCGACUGCGGACAGUGCAACACGAGCUGACGAUCGAGCGGCUGGCUCGCCUGCUGCUGAUCCACGAUCGAUGGAUGGGGCGCGACAACGUCGCGUGGGAGCACCAGUUACUGCCGCGCCUGCUGGAGACAUGGCGGGAUUUCCUCCCAGAGAGCGUCACGUACGCCACGCGCGGCGGGGUGGUCAAGUUCCGAGGAAGGACGUUCUGGGGGGACGCGAAUAUUAGAGCACAUCGCAUGGUUCCUAUCAAGAGGGUUGUCGAGGAUGCGGGGCCCCAGGAGGAGCGGUAUCUUGAUGAUGCGUAUGUCUGGGCGAGGUAUCGCGAAAGGAUGCCAACGCUGUUCAAUAGGGAACCUUUUAACCGAGUUACUGAGAGGGUUACUGAGGGGGUUACUGAGAGAUUUGAGCCGGAGAGUACUGAUGGUCUGGUACCACUUUUAGCAUAACGAAUUAUGAAGCUUGCAUAUUGUCAACUUUUUUACAUUUAUUG